AUUAUUUUCCCAGUGUGUUCUUUUUUUUUUCUAUUUCAUUUUACUUUUGAGAGACUUUAAAGAAAUAGCUUUUUUGACCUUCUUGGUUACCAAGUUCUGUUUCUGCGUCUUGGAUUUGCUUUCUGGAUCAUCCUUCAGACAUAUAUGGAUCAAAUCGUUAACGUGAAUGAGUUUCAAGAGCUGGCGAAAAGAGCUCUCCCUAAGAUGUACUAUGAUUUCUAUAGCGGAGGAGCAGAGGAUCAACACACUCUCAAAGAAAACGUUGAAGCUUUCACUAGAAUCAUGUUCCGUCCUCGGGUUCUCGUUGAUGUGAGCAAGAUAGAUAUGUCUACCAGAAUCUUAGGUUACCCUAUCUCAGCUCCAAUCAUGAUUGCUCCAACAGCAAUGCAUAUGUUGGCUCAUCCACAAGGAGAAACCGCUACUGCGAAAGCUGCAGCUGCGUGUAACACUAUCAUGAUAGUAUCAUACAUGGCUUCAUGCACUAUUGAGGAAGUUGCUUCCAGUUGUAACGCUGUUCGGUUUCUUCAAAUAUAUGUGUACAAGAGACGAGAUGUAACUGCUCAGAUAGUAAAAAGAGCUGAAAAAGCUGGAUUCAAGGCCAUUGUUCUGACUGUUGAUGUUCCUAAAUUAGGCAGAAGGGAAGCAGAUAUAAAGAACAAAAUGGUAUCCCCACAGCUGAGGAACUUUGAAGGAUUAUUUUCAACAGAAGUCCUACCUAGUGAAGGUUCAGGGCUUGAAGCAUUCGCUUCUAGUACAUUUGAUGCUUCUUUAAACUGGAAGGAUAUUGAAUGGUUAAGAUCUAUUACAAAGUUGCCAAUUCUGGUCAAAGGGAUACUCACCCGUGAAGACGCUCUUAAAGCUAUUGAAGCUGGUGUAGAUGGAAUAGUUGUAUCAAACCAUGGGGCUCGCCAGCUUGACUAUUCACCAGCUACUAUAACUGUUUUAGAAGAGAUUGUUCAUGUUGUUGGAGGAAGGAUUCCAGUUUUGCUUGAUGGAGGUGUGAGACGAGGAACAGAUGUUUUCAAAGCGCUGGCACUGGGAGCACAAGCCGUUCUUAUAGGUAGGCCUGUAGUCUAUGGGCUUGCAGCGAAGGGUGAAGAUGGAGUGAGAAAAGUGAUUGACAUGUUGAAGAAUGAGUUGGAGUUAACCAUGGCUCUUUCUGGUUGUCCAACCAUUGAUGACAUCACCAGAAACCAUGUUAGGACUGAGAGUGAUAGACUUCAAUCUAUGCUCUGAUCCUCAAAAGACAUUUGUGGAAAGUGAUUAAUAUGCAUGGUCUUUGUGUGGUGAUUUGGUUAUUUAUAUGAACGCCUAAAAAUAUAAAAGGAUUUUCCAACAGAUUAUCACAUUGUAUACAGUUUCAUAAGUGAAAGCUCUGGUCUGAAAAGAAAACA